AUGGAUAAACAACAACAAAACUAUACUAUGGCUUCCAAUGACCCUGACCUUCCUGACCUCUGUGGUGACCCCCAGCCUGGUGACCUCAUUGAGAUCUUCCGACCAGCCUAUCAGCACUGGGCUCUCUACCUGGGAGACGGUUACAUCAUCAACCUGACUCCUGUUGAUGAGAGCCAGGCAGCCCCCAUGUCCAGUGUGAAGUCCGUCUUCAGCAGGAAGGCAGUGGUGCGCAUGCAGCUGCUGAAGGAGGUGGUGGGAAGCGACUCGUACCGGGUCAACAACAAGUACGACCACAACCACACACCCCUGCCCAUCUCCGAAAUCAUCCAGCGAGCGCAAGUCCUCAUUGGCCAGGAAGUGUCCUACGACCUGCUGGGGAGCAACUGCGAGCACUUUGUGACCCUCCUGCGUUACGGGGAGGGGGUGUCCGAGCAGGCUACCCGGGCCAUUGGGGCCAUCAGUUUGGUGACGGCAGCAGCCAGUGCCUUCUCUGUCCUGGGACUGAUCAACACACGAUCCAGAAACAGACCCUUCUGA